UAAUUUUUUAUUUAAAAUUUGCCACCAUGGCUGCACUUCGUCCUCUCCGCCUUAUCAGUCAACGCCAAACCAAACCAAUAUUCUCUUCUUUCCUCUCUCCUCCAAUCUUCAAUCUGAAGCUAUCCUCAUCUGGGUUUUGCUCUCCAUCCCAGUAUCUCAAAUGGGUCGGAGAUCAAACGACCCAGAAGCUUCCCGUUUCACCUCUCUUGCCCUCCUUUUGCUGGGUUUUAUCUCCUGUGCCUUGGUCUAUACGAUCCUGUCCUUAGUGCUUAAUCCCAAUGUCAACUUUACAAAUUCAGGCUCCAAGUCUUUGGCAUUGAUAGAGGAGAGUUCAGAGGAUAAUAAUGGUGGAUGCUGUAGUGGGAUUGAUAAUUUGGAGCUGUGGGGGGCUGCUGUGAAGUGGGGUUCAGAAUUUAAGUUCAAUUCUUCUAGGGAGUGUUGUGAGGCUUGCAAGGCUAUGUGUCAUGGCAAUGAUGGGCCUUGCUUGUGUGAUACUUGGGUGUUUUGUGGGAAUAAAGAGACUUGUGGAUCUAAAUUCGGUGAGUGUUGGUUGAAGAAACAGAAGGACACAAUGAACCCGGAUCGGCAAGAAGCAGGUGAUAAAGUCAGCUGGACCUCAGGGCUCAUCUUUGGAAAAGGAGAGGGCAUUGUUGGCUUGGAAACAGAAUAUGGAACUCUUCAUAUAAAACUCUUCCCUGAUUGUGCUCCACAUUCUGUUGCUUACAUUCUUGAGUUGUUAGAAUUGCACCAUUGUGCUGGUUGCCAAUUUUUUCGUGCAGAGAGCCGGGGCCAGUUUUGGGAUUCAGAAGGAAACCACAUAAAAGAUGCUCCAUAUGGCCCUCCUUUUGCCUUGAUCCAAGGAACAUUGGAAGCUCAAGGCACAACAUUCAAGAAAAUCCCAAAAGAAGUUUGCCCAACUAUAAGAAGAGGUUCAGUUGCUUGGGUUGGUUCCGGCCCAGAAUUCUUGAUUAGCCUAGCCAACCACCAAGAAUGGAAAAAAGCAUAUACUGUAUUUGGUUCUGUUCUUCCAGAAGAUAUGAAAAUUGCAGAGAAAAUUGCUCAACUCCCCACCAAAUCAGAUGUUUGGAACAACAUUAACGUAACUGUCCUGGAAAAGUAUGUUCCCUUGAUGUUCCGAAGAAUCAAGACAAGUCAUGGAGAACUUGGAGCAAAAGAGCAAUCAGAUUGAAAAGAUUUACAGUAUAAAAUUUUCUUUAUCAUUCAGAAGAACCAACAUGAAUUGUCAAGAACUUUAUACAAGAGUGAAGUCAGAACUGAAAAGAUAUAUGGUUGCUGAAAAUAUGCAGACAGAAGUUCCAUCUUAUUUGGUUUUGUUUGAGGUUUGCUUGUUUACGUGCUUGUCCAAAAGGUUUAUGGUUGCUGAAGAAUGCAGGCGUUCCCUCUUAUGUGGCUUUCUUCGAGUUUUGCUUGUUUAUGCUCUCUCAACUCAAGUCUCAACUGUACACUAUGAACUCAAUUUUGGUCCAUCGUUUGUUUAUGUACUUUACCAGUUGAUUGGCCAUCA